AUGUGUAAGAAGCCGUGUGUCCUGCGGAGUCCUCUGUGGAGCUUUGGAGGUUGGAAGCAGAUCUCUGAGGAACGGUGUCUUGUUUUCCUUGUUGUGACUCACCGCAGCGUCACACCUGAUCGCACUCUGCUGCUGCUGUGCUCGGAGCUGCAGGAAUCCCCUAGAGCUGCGGUCCAGGUUAGUCCUCUCCCUCCUCCUCCUAUGAGAACGAAGCCGGUCUGUGGAGAUGUGUGCGGGGAGGCAGAGAGGGAGGGUGCACUGGAGGCUGAGCCAGGAGGGAAGGGGUGUGCCGAUAUAAGAAGCCCUCACAGGAGACAUGCGAUCAGUUGUUCAAAACCUUUAGGGUACGGAUACGGACUCAACAGUAUCUUUCCGGCGCAUUUCCUGGCUCUGCCUUUGCACUUCACAGGCUCAAGAAAUCAGUCCGUGGUUUGGCCCUCAAGAGUGAUGAGGAGCCCCGUGUGGAGCCUGUUUGUGCUGACCCUGGGUUGUGUGUCCAGCCCUGUGAAGGCUGACUGCCAAGGGGAGUGUGUGGCCUGUGGGAUCCUUCUACAGGAGCAGCAGAUGGAGCAAGCCUUUAACACUAUGGUGUGCUUGUUGGAGUGCGAGGGGCACGUGUCGUCCUCGCUCACGUGGGAGGUGUGUAAACGCACCGUCCCUCUGUCCCAGCAGACGGCCUUCUCCAACGCCGCGCUGCUGUUCAAGAGGACGGGUGAAGAACUGACGCCCCGGGACCUAGGCACGGACCGAGAGGGGCUGGAGUACGACUCUGCGCUGGCGAUGGGGUCCUCUGAGGAGCGGGAGAGCAGAGCCGUGGAGGAGGAUGAUGACAUCGACAGCCCGCUGGCACCCGAUGAAGAGGACAGCGCUUCAAGGGCGGUAUCCAAGCGCUUCGGGGGCUUCCAGAGGGGUCGCCACGGAUACAGGAGAAUCUUCAGCGCCCCCGUGAGGCCGCUGCAGAAACGAUAUGGGGGCUUCAUUGGCGUGAGGAAGUCUGCGCGUAAAUGGAACAGUCAGAAGCGCGUGAACCAGCUCCUGCGGCAGUACCUGGGCAUGAGGAGCAGCCGCAGCGGGCGCCCCGUCACCCGAGUGUGGAGGGAAGAGGACGCCCUGCAGUCUGUCCCUCUGCUGUAA